UUGGUUUGUAAGUUAUCAAGUUGUCAGGGAACACUAACCUAUAAAAUAGACACUAUUCCACAUAGGUCUAGAUCUGUAAACAUCCGGUUUGUGUCUAGAAUUUCGCGGAUUCUUUGAAUCUCUGUAAAUACUGUUAUAGUCUAGAUCUUGAUAUUCUCUAAAAUAACUGACUAAUCUAGAUAUAGAAGCAAUGAACAAUAUAAAUAAAAGUCGAAUUAAAAAGGAGCUUGAAAUGUUUUUAAGUUUGCCAUCUUCAGAAAUAUAUUGCUCUGCUUUGAACGACGAGAGACUUGAUAACCUUUCAGCGCAAAUAACAGGUGCAUCUGGCACUCCAUAUGAAGGUGGCACCUUUAAGUUGGAGAUUCAAAUACCUGACAGAUACCCCUUUGAACCUCCAAGGAUUCGUUUCAUUACUCCAAUUUACCACCCAAACAUAGAUCCUGAUGGAAGAAUUUGUAUGGAUACGUUGAAGAUUCCUCCCAAGGGAACAUGGCGACCAUUCCUAAAUAUUUCCACUGUCUUGAUGAUGAUUCGAGUUUUAAUGGGCGAACCUGGCUCAGAGGAUCCUUUAAUGACAGACAUUUGGCAAGAAUUCAAAUAUGACUACAAGACAUAUGCAGCAAAAGCUAAGGAAUGGACUCGCCUGUAUGCUGUGACUGAAAGUGACUCUCAACAUAAAAAUGUGAAACAACCAUUAGAGAUGAGAGAGAGUAAUGCACUUAGAGAUGCCUCAGGAAGUGAAACUCGACCAACUCUUAAACUCAAACUUAGUAGCAAGGAGGUCUGCAAUUCAUCCAGCGACAAGACUGGCGUGCUAGAAAGCACCCAACCACCCCAAGGUCCAGUUGGCACUGACAACAAUACUGCCACAAAAGAAGUACAAGGCAACCAGGAAAACUGGCCCGCAGGUAACUGUCCAGAAAGAAAAAAAAGGAAAUUGAGAUUACACUGAUCUUUUGUAUAUAACCUUGAAGUUGACUAGCAAAUAGUUUAAUUUCAUUGGUCGCACUAUUUCCAAAUAGACUUGCAAAUAUGUAGUCUACACCAAUAGGACUUGAGUGAUACUGAAAUACAAUUUAUAAGCUGUUCAGGUCACCAUGAAAUUAUUUUUUCUUUUGCUAGCUGUAUAUAAUUUGAUGUCUUGUCUGACCUAUGUGUUGGACAAUAAUGUAGAUUUGUUUUUUUUUUUUGGUUUUCAUUCGUAUACCAUGUAAGGAAUAUUAUGAAGAAGCUGAUCUAAAAGUCAGCAAAUAUGUUAGAGAGCCAUCAUUGUUCUGUUCGACUGUCAUGUUGAAUUUUAUGUAUUUGAAUCUUUUAAACAUCAUCUUAUUUAUUAAUUAUUGAUGGAAUGUUAUUGCCUUUAAGAUAAUACAAGUAUUUAUUAUUCUA